AUGCAGCGCCCUUGGGCGUUGGAUAACGCAGUGGCAAACAUGAGCGACGACUGGCUCCGCAUUGAUUCAGAAGAUGGUGCAAUCGUCGCAGCCGACGGUAGCCCGAUCGGAUCGACGUGCGAUGCUUGGUUUGCUUCAGAGUCAAGCUUGCGAGCGGUAGCCGCAUCGGUGCUGCCACAUCCGACGAGCACUCCACGACAAGCUGUACGUGCGUAUCACAGCAUCACCUCGGUCGAGCUUACGUGCAAGCGUGCUGUGGAGUCGCAACAGCACAUUGGCGCAUCUACGCCGAUUGCCGACGCCCAGGCCAGACACCAAGCAACUAGCUCUCGAAAAGCAGCGCAGCUUUACGAGUGUCCUCCAGAGCCGGCAGUGCGCGUACAGAGUAGACCGCAACUCGAAUUGUCGGACAGCAGUCCCACCGCAGAGACAGCCAGGGCUCCCCGAACGGCGAGUAACAUCCAAGCCGGUGCCCUGGACCAACACGAUCGAGCCUCUCUCGUCGACGUCUCGCCAACGCCCAGCAAGCACAUGAAAUCUUGGUCUAUGCCCUUCCUCCCCCCUCAGCGCUUCUACGUGCUAUUCUCGAACGCGUGCGUCCAGCGAAAGCAUCAAGUGCCGACUUGGAGAAUCGCUCGACAAGCGAGCAAACUCGACAUCCUGGACUGUCCGGUGCUAACCCUAUUCCACGCGGUCGCGCUGCAGGUGGACCGGCGGCUGACGUACGAAUCUGCAAGCCGAGUACGCCUUGCCAUCGUCAGAGCAACCUCACGAAAGAGCGUCGGAACGCAGGCGGAUGCUUGGAACAAGGUCCGCCAUUCGACGAGAUGCAACAAUUGUGAACGGAAAGAACGAGGAGCGAUGCAAGCGCUCAUUGGCAGAAAACCCAACAAGGAUCACUUCAACAGUACUGCGCGCGGUCUGAGUGAGAGUCAGCGUAGCUCAGCUAGACGCGAUAAGUUACAAGAAGUGCAUGGCUCGCAAGCAGCGUGCCAUCGCACGCGAAAUGUCGCGAUGCGAACGAGAACAGCGAACUGGAGCACACAGGACGAGCGAAGCAAUUCCAGCAGAGAUGGGUAUCACUACGAAAUCAAGAAAGAGCUAGACGUAGUGCAAGGCGAUGACGACGAACAAUGGCUAGGCGAACAGGGCUGGUUGGCGGACGAAAGCCUAACCCCCCACCAUUUGGGUCGCACGCGCUAUCACACUCACGAGUUUCUCGCCAAGUUGCCAAGCUGCUGGCAACGAUGCUGUUCAUCACAGAGCAUAUCCAAGCCAGAACUGGGCAUGGGGGUUGGCAGUGGCCUCGACGAUCUAUCUGAGUGGAGUCAAGUGCCGGUCUACUGGCGUGCUCAGCUGCUCGGAUCGAUUUUGGGCGCGGCCAUCACGUACGCCAUCUACUUGGCUGCCAUCGACCAGCACCAAGGCGAUCGCAACAUUCGAACCGUUUCCGGAGAGCACAUUCGUGUUUGGCUCAGCGUCAGGAUUUGGAACCGAGGUGACGGCGACGAGCAUCUUGAUGGUGACGGCAAAGUCCACGCGCCGCCUUCGGACGGUCUAUCGGAGCUCGUGUUGGGGUUGGUGGUGGUGAGGAUCGGCAUGUCGCUUGCAUGGCCAACGAGCUAUGCGAUUUCUCCCGAGUUGGGAUCUGGGACCGCGACUUUUUCUAUACAUGUGGGCUGGGGAAGAGAGCUUUGCACGCACAACGCAUGUUGGUGGCUGUACCGCAGCCAGGCUGCUACAGGGACGCACUGCUGGGCGCUCUGCUGUAUGAUCUAG